AUGGCCAGGGGAAAACAAAAGGAACAAGCUAGAGAAAAAAAUCAAAAAAUAGCUGAGGCUAAACAAGGCGGUAAGUCUCAAUUGGGUGCUCGUGCAGCAGGUUUACAAUUGAAAUGUCCUGUUUGUAAGGCUAAACAUCCAAAAGAACCAAUACCUCCAGAAUCUUCUUUUCAAUAA